AUGAUGGCCACAGAGCGUCUAGACGAUCUAGACCACGUCUUUGACGACCACCCGUCUCUCUCUGCCUCCCUGGAGGACUUCGAGGAACAUGCUGCCGCGCAUGCCCCAUUCUUUGGUGCGCUGCCGUCACAGCACUCUGGCUUUCGAUCGCAUGGCGUUUCUGAGGAUGCUGACUGCGAAGGCGAGGAAGACGAUGAUGAUACUGCUGCCGCGCCAGAUGCAUCGUCCCACAUCAGCGAUCCCUGGUCUCCCCCGGGCACCCGGCGCCUGUUCGUGCACCAGAGGGAGUAUAUGAAUAUCUGCAGCCCUGGAAAAAUGUCAGGCAGCGCAUGGUAUCGCCAGCAGCCGUAUAUGCGCAACCAGCCAGACCUGCGCCCGCCAAUGGUCGAUAGCCCGUCGAGGUCAAGAGAGGUGAGCCCGCAGUAUGAAGAUGCGCCAGAGAAGCCUCUGCCACAACAGCCCCAUCAGCAACAGACAUUCAAGGUGGACGACCUAAUUUUGCCUGCCAGUAUACCGCUGCCGCCAGGAACAGACUCGCCAUUGAAAGGACGGUCUCCCAGCCCAGCUCCGGCAACUGUGAAAGAAGAGGAUACUGCUGCUAAUGAAGAUAAUGAUAAUGAUGACGACAACGAUGAUAAUGAUAAUGAGAAAGAUGAAAAAAAUGAGAAGCCACCAGUACAUGGCUCGAUAACAAAUUAUAUCCGUUUCGCCGUGCGUGCAGAGGUACAACAUCGAGAGCCAUUCGUUGCCUUUUUCAACUUCGUAGGUAGAAAAUUUGACGAUAUCACACGCACAAAAUCCUCCACCAUCCUGUCCAUAAUCGUUGCGCUUGUAUCGAUUACUUUUCUACGCGCGCUCUUCCUGCCUCCAUUGCCAAUUCAAUUACCAGAUCUUGUCAAACUCUCGAGCUUUGCGCGAUCCUUUGAACCUCUAAUAUACUAUUCCGAAAAUGGAGUACAACAAAUCUGCACCCUCCAGGAAACUGGUGUCGCAGUCUGGGACCUGGGAGAGUCCUUGCGUGGUACGAACAUGACCAGCGCGCCUAUCAUAGUCCGGGAACUGGACGAGCUAUCCGAAUCGCUAAAGGCUCUUUCGCUUGAACUGACACGCUUUUUCGCCAACGUCGAUGCGGACAUUGAUUCCAUCCUGAUCGUGAUGGAAUGGGCCAAGCGCGAGUUGGAAUCUCUCUCCCAACAACAACCCAGCUCCAUAUCAAGCACUCUUUUCGAAAACUUCCACGCCUUCCUCUCGCGCAUGGGGGCUCUAGAAACCAUUCCCUUAGCUCCACCGCAUCCGCCUCCUCCCACUACCAACACCAGCUCUUCCAGCGCUGCCACAACCAGCAACAACCCUGCCGCCGCCCAACAUCAAAUCAUCCCCAUUCCUACACGCCUCGGUGCCAUUGUCACUACCCUCUUCGGUCCCACGCGCUCCCAACGUACUCAAUCCACUCUUACAUUCGCCUUCACCGAACUUGUCGCCGUCCUCGAAGAGUCCAUCAACACCGAACUCACCCACUCCACGGCACUCUUCGCUCUCUUCGAAUCUAUAGAUCGCCAAUUCCUUAACCUCCAGCGCACAGUGGUGCGCGAGUCUGACAGCCAAGAGCGUGCAGAGGGAGAAAUGCUCUCGUCAUUGUGGACCCGCGUCCUAGGGCCCAACUUCGAGGCGGUACGAAAGUACAAGAAGAAUAAACGCCUUCUAGGCAGCGUGCGGCAGCACACAGUGGCGAACAAGCACCUCCUGAUGGACCACCGCGGAAAGUUGCUAACACUAAAAGUCAACCUGGAGACGCUCCGGAGGAAACUAGUCAGCCCCUUAUUACGGAGAAACGAUUCAACAGCGUCAAGUAUCUCCAAUAACGACGGCAGCGGCGGCAAUCUUCCUCUCGCAAGCAGUAUUGAUAUAAUAGUCGAUGGUCAGAUCAGAGGGCUUGAAGGCGCGCACGAUUAUCUUCGUAUGGUGCGGGAUAAGCAGAAGGCGAAACUUAUGGAGAUGGUGUACGGAGCCGGUCGGCGACGGGGAGCCAGCACCUUGGACACAGUUUCCUGA